CAGCUACUCUCGUGGAAAACGAAGGACUCGAUGAUGGAUCAUGGGCGCGGGUCGAGUGAUCGUUAAUAUCGGACAAAGCAAGAUUGAUGUGAAGAUGAGUCGAGAACAGAGAGACAUAAAACUGCUUCCAGCAAGCUGGAAAACACAGAGAAUAGGCUGGCUCUACCGCUUUCUUUUUACGUAGGUAUCGAGAUGUUGAAAGCAUUAGAUCGGAUUAGAUCGGGCCUUUACUCGUCGUUCCCCGGGCGGCCAAAAGUUUCAACGAGAGUUCUUGGUAUAAAUAAACCAAAAAAGAGAAGAUGAGAAACUGUUCUAAAAGCUUCAACGAGAGCUCUUGGUAUUAUAAAACCAAAAAAAACACCAGAAACUAAAAAGAGAAGAUGAGAAACUGUUCUUUACUCCACCAGUUCUUAGGGUACUAGACCAAGAAGAAGAAAAGCAUAUCAAACGAAAAUAAAAUGGCAACCACACUCGAAGAAGACCCGGGCUCUCCUUCGGAGCCGGAUUCGGCUGAGCAGGCAGAGGACUCGGCCACUGCCGAAUUCGUUGCUCAAUUACGGCAUGCUUGCGAGCACAAUGACCUAUCGGCGAUCAAGCAGAUUCUCACGGAGAGGCCUGAUUUGGUCGAUUGCAGUGUGGACAAUACAGGUUUCAUACUAAUAUGUAGUGCCUGUUCUGUAGUUGUUCUACGUAGUUAUCUUGAUGUCCAAAAACUUUGAGCUUAUAAUUCAUUUUUCGCCUGUACUGCAUGCUUUGAUAUUAUAUUCAUUAUACCUAGUUGCUUGCACCAAAUACUCUACGCCCACCACAACAUUCGUCGGAAAGAAUCUCUCACAACAGAGCGCACCCUGCUGAUGCGUAUGAUCUGUCGGAAUAAUGCUGAUAUGGUAUCAUACUUGGUCGGAUUAGGCGCCAACGUAGACACGAGGUUGGAUAUCUACCGCUACAACGCUCUGAUGAUUGCCAUCGAUAAGAGGAAUGACAAUCUCAUCAAGAUUCUGAUGACAGCAAUGGAUGAAUUUCAUCCAUAUGACUUCGAUUUGGGUAUUAUUUUUUUUUGUUCUCCUUGCUUGAUGUUGAUCUUCUGGUAUGAUCGUGAGAGUCAGUAGUAAGUGCUUACCGCAUUUCUUCAAUGAAAGGAUAAUAAGUGCCCUCCCAUCGUCGCCAGGAGCAGGAUCUUUUUUCUCGACUGAUUUUCUCUGCUUCCUCUCCUUUCUUACCUCACUCUGUCCUUGUUGAUGCGCAUCGACAGGGACCACGUACUCCAGCUGCUUUGUUUGCUGUGAGUUAUUUAGUCAGCUUUUCUGCGCGAGUUCAACUUUCUUUUCAUUUUUCUUCUUCUCCAUAGAUGAUAUGACUUCCAUUCGGCUUGAUGUUGCUCUUCUGGUAUCUAUUCUAUGAUUGGAAUUGGCUCUUCUGGUAUUUCUUCACGUCGUUUCUUGUUCUCCAUAAAGGUGGCGAAUGUUCGCAGAUGGUCCGGUUAGACCCAGAAUAUUGCUCCAAACCUGGCGCAGAGUUCAAUAUGAAUGACAGUACCAGGAUCGGAAUCGAAGUUGGGCUGACUGCAGAGGGGAUUCAAGAAGCGCUGUGCUAUAUUGACGACGCAGCUAGCAGAAUGCAGUCGAAAAUGCCGUCGAGACAAAUCACACCGAGGGUACUUACUUGUAGUUGUGGAUCCAAGCAGUAUUGUCCUCAUAGCUUGUUCAUGGGUUUUCAACAUGCUUGUUGUUGGUGCUCUCCAAGAAUGUCGUUAGGCCUAGUUUGCGCAUCGAGUCUCGUGUUAUCCUCGGCUCCAUCUUCUUCUUCACACCCGUUACUAAAGCAAGCCCUCAUCUACUUAGGUUCCCGCCACUCCCCGUGGCGACGAGAGCGUUGCAGAGAGUCACAGCUAUGGGGCUUUUGCAGCUGCCUACGAUGCGGGCAGCUCUGUCGGUGGAGCUUCUAUCAAUACUGCACAAGUAGUCUCUCAAGCCGUCGAUCCUAAGAGACCACUGUUGGCGCUCCACGCCAUUCUGUUGGACAAAGAGGGGACAGAGCUCCAGCGUAUAUCAGCAGAGAACAGCAAUAUCGUCAAGCAUUUUGCGCCGCACUUGAUGCCACAGAAAGGCCUGUUGAACACAGAAAUGUUGCGCCAAGACCGUGAACAAGCGAGAAACAAGAAGAAGUUUCGUCGCAGUUUUUCAUCAGCUAGUGCUAGGAAAGCCAAGAGGACACCACGGCAGUUCAAGGCGGAGGGCAUCGCACCAGUCGACUUCGAACGUCGACUAGCGGCGAAGAAACUACAUGAAACUGUGCUGAUCCGAGAACAAGGCUAUAGUCCAAGAAAUAGUGACGAUCUAGAUGACAUGACGGGUGGCGACCGCACUGAUACGCAAUCAGUCGUGAGUCGUAGUGCAGUGUCGGCUUCCGGUGUAAGUGCGGUGUCUGCAGCGAGGACUAACAAAUCUGCGGAGAGGUUAGAGUUAAGGCACUCACUGAUUCAUCUUUGACUGCAUUCCUGGAAAGCAUGCUCGAGUAGUAUUCAUGUGCUAUACUGUUCAAGGAUGCAGCUGAAAGAUGAAUGGCGGAAAGGUCUAAUAGAACGGGACGCGUUUAUCUUGGAGCCGGAGAGACAUAAAGUAGGUUUAUUCCUAGACCUGUACAAAGUGCAGCCUGAAGUGGCGGCGAUAUGUUUCAAACUAGAAGCGCAACCCAUCUACGCGGAGAAAGCAGGGUUGUUGAAGUUCUUCACGGAAAAACCAGAAUACAGCGUCAAAGAGAAAGAACAUGAGAAGUUACGAUUGCGUCACUAGGAACUCUCUUUCUUCAUCGAAAGGUUAAUAUGUCAAAAUGAAAAUACUUCUCACAAGUACUAGUACGUUCUUCUUGCACCCUUGUCUAAGCCCUGGAAUGUACGAAAGCGAGCGUGGCGGUUCUGAGCGUCGCUCUCAGAAAGACCGAAUGUCUUUAGCGACGACGAUGCUAGCUAGCACUGACGCAGGUCCUCAUGGGCCUCCAGAAACGUUGUUAGACAUGAGGACGUCCUUUGAUCUGACCAACAUCUUCAUUGUGUCUCUCUGUAGAGAAGGAAAUAGUAGGGAAUUUGCAGUCCCACACUGGAUGGCGCAUUAUGAUUGGAGAGCAUGCGGCAGUAGUGAAGAUCAGUUAUGAGGUUUGACUAAAUCGUGGUAAGUGGUAAAACCCAACCUAAAAACCUAACCUAACCAAGUGAUGUUGACUUCCAGAAGUUGUCCUCUGAGUAUGAUCCGAGUCCUAACCUAACCAAGUGAUGUCGACUUCCAGAAGUUGUCCUCUGAGUAUGAUCCGGAGUCAGAUGAGAAAAUCUUCCAACAUCUAGUAUCAACCCAUCAUUUUUCGACAGGAUAUCCGAGCUCUAUCCCCAUCUGCCGAGCUCUAACCCCCGACGCCGGCCCCCAGGCUCCAGUUCCGGAAGACAGGUUGGCAGUGCAGGAAGAGGCCAUUUUCCAGGAGAUCACGAAUCGGAUACACCCUCUCGUCUGUUCCAAAAGCUUCAAUAGUUAAGGCUCAAUGUCGUGAACUUCAGAGAAGAAGUGAAUUGGUUUGAGCCCUAAAAUACCCGAAGAUUUCCAGUCCUCAUAAAAUCCGUGUUUGAGCUCUAAAAUACCCGAAGAUUCCCAGUCCUCAUAAAGUCUGUCUUCCAGAACAAUGUCACGCUGAUGAUGAGCAUGCUGGAGGCGAAAGCGGCACCGGAAAUAGCCGAUGUCGAAUACGGCAUCACGGCAUUGGGAUGGGCAGCGCGGAGAGGGUUUGAUUUGUUAGUGAGGAAACUAGUGGAACAAGAAGCGGAUGUGAAUUGUGUAGACUUCUUUGGGAAAACUGCUUUAGCUGCAGCUGUAGAAGAAAGGAAAGUAAAUUAAGGGUCGUAGUUUCCAAAUUACAUCCUCCAAUACCAUCUCUCACCUAUUUCCUAGUAGGAAAACGGCUGAGGAUGUUCUGAGGAACGUAAAAAUUCUGCAAGAACCUCUAAGUACAAGUAGUGCGAUACUUGCUGGAGAAUAAAGCCGACGCGAAUCACGUAAACCCUAGAAACGGAGAAACUUGCCUUUUCAGCGUCCAAUCGGUAGAGAUGGCGAAACUGCUUUUGUCGCACAAGGUUGACCUCAAUUGGAAGAGCUUAGUGAAUAAGGGAACGGCAUUGCUAAAUUUAGCGAGUAGGCUUUGCGCACACAGAGGACAAGCGGAGGAAGUCUUCCAAAUCAUCAAGCAUCUGGUACUUUUCACUGUUUCGGAUUUUUGGAUGAAUACGUGUCUUUCUCUUAGGGACAAAUUAUUCCUUGUUGUUCCUUUAAAACUAGAAGUACGCAUCUACUUAGAUUAGUUUCACAAUCUUCCACCUCGUCAGGUCGAAGCCCGUGCCGAUGUUCUUUCACAAGACGACAAAUGUAUCUCGCCCUUGUUUGCCGCAGUGACGAACGUCAGUAACGCAAAUGUAGCGCAAUUGUUUCUGCAGCAAGGUGCUGGAGUGGAGAUUUUUGCCGCUGUCUGUGGGUGUGCCAAUCUCAAUGAGGAACGUCUUUUUGAGGCCGUAGAUGAAGUAGCAGCUGGCCCGAUGGAGAGCGAUGAUGGAGAUGCUGGGAAAGGAGAGACUGGGAAAUUUAUGAAAAAGAAAACAUGCGCCUGUUUCAGCGGUGAGAGUAAGAUGGAGGUACUGAUCUGUCUUUAUUCAGACGACGAAGUAGAAGAAGAUUAUUAUACAUUCAUAGUUGUAGUUCAUGAUGAUCUCAAGAAGAACACGUACUUAGUUCAACAUUUGAAUACCCAACAUCUGGAUACUUAUCCGAAAUACCUUCCACCUGAUCUCGUGUCUCCCCCUCCUCGUCCCUCUAAUCCCUCCGACGAAAUCGUCGACGUGGACCUUGGCAGUCAGAUUGGACGACGAAAUCCCUACUUUGACAGUGAGCCAUUGCAUUUUGACAACUUCAAGAAGCUGUGGCACAGCUGUAAGCUUGCUGAGGGGAUGGCGGAGUUGUUUUUCGGAAUACUCAAAGACGCAUUUACGAAUUUCGGGCUGCCUGCUGAGGAAUUGCCACCCAUAAUAGUACAGCCACCACCUGGGGAGAAAAAAGCUGCAAGUCCAAAGAAAGGCAAGGCUGCUAGACCGGAAGUCACGAAAAUUGAACUGGGACCAGCUUUGGACAAAAAAAUAUUCCAGAGUUUGGAGCUGUUGCUCUCCAGAGACACGGAAUCGGCAAUAGACGUGCUGUUCGACAGUGGACAGCUGCGUACUUACUUAAAUAUCAUUAUCGUAAGAAGUCAAUCUCAACGUCUCCUGUGCUGCGUACUUACUUCAUUAAAUCGUAAGAAGUCAAUCUCAACGUCUCCUGUGUUGGUGUUGAAAUUGCUGCAGAAUUUGAUUUUGAAGGAUGAUGAGAAUUAUCUAGUACUCCAUGAACUUGAACCAUCACGACCAACAAAAGGAACACCAACAAACCUGACAGAAUUCAUCACGAUGGGGGAUCUGGUGUACAUGUUUCAGUGCACGCAAGUUUUCUGCUUGGGGAUCUGUAACGCUUUCCUCAUAGAAGACUACGGCUUUUGUGACGACACGGCUGUCAAUCCAGAUGAUGAAGAAGAGGAGGAGGAAGAAGAAGACAAUAAUGUUAGGACUCAGCUGCCGACAGAGCAAGCUCCUGGACAUGCUAAAACACUAGAGGAAAUGCUCGCGGAGGCAGAUGCUGCGGAUGCAGCUGCAGCUAGGCCGCAUAGGCCAACAGAACAAGCGUUUCAGGAUAUGUCGAGGGAGGAAGUUCUGACGGUACUAGAAUUUUCAGAUUUUGACUUAAUAACGAAUGCAAUUUCCUUGUCGUCCACGCAAUAAUAGAUCAUUGCUUCUUCAGGAUCUUUGUUGAUCUCGUAAUCGUAUGAACAUGAACAAGAUGUAGACAUCAUCAUCAUCUUCAAGCAGAUGAAUUUUAUUCCAAUCACCUUUGAAUCUGGACCCAUAUUGAUCACAGCAAAUCGUCGGCGACCCCACGGGCAUCGGUAGAAAGCCUUAUCACGUCUGGCUAGACGAGCAAGAUGCCAAGAGGCAGCGAGAGCGGGACGUCUUAACUGCAAGUUUGAGACCAGGAGAAAAACUCAGCGAUCUAUUCAAGAAGCAUGGUAUAAAAACGGAGGUCGCGGAACCAAAAAUCCGGGAUAUAUUGCCACCUUUGGAGAAAAAGGCAGCGGUAUCUUCACUUCUACUACGUUUUUGAUCUGUUUUUAGGUUGUUGUAGUUUCCUGUCCCGUACUCCUGGCUGGAUUCUUGUCCUGUUGUCUUGUCCUGCUGUACUCCUGUCCCGCUGUACUCCUGUCCCGCUGUACUCCUGUCCCGCUGUAGUCUUGUCCUGCUGUAGUCUUGUCCCGUAGUCUUCACUUCUACCACGACGUUCUUGUUUUUAGAUUGUUGUAGUAGAUUGUUGUAGUUUGUGGAUCUCAUCAUGAUCGUCAUCAUCUCUCUAGAAGAAAAAGUCCGUUACGAUUCCACAUCAGUUCGAGCUAGUCGAGACGCUUACGCAACGCACCUUCGGCAAGAACAAGUUGAAAAGGCUGGACAAGCGCGUAGGUGUGAAGGAAUUUCAGGAACUUAUCGAAUCUUUGCCAAAUUUGAGGAGACAUAUGUUUCCACAUUGGACUCCGGGUGGUGGCCCGGUUGGUCUCUCCAAAGCAGCGAAAAAACACCAGAAAAUAGCGAGGCAGCAGCGAGGACGGGUGGUAGAAACGCUGUGUGAAGAGAGGAUAAGAAGUGACUGUCAUGUUAUGUGAAGAAGUAGAUGUACUCGUGGAACAACAGGGGAGGUGGAACAGGGCAGUUCUUCUCGCCACUUCGCGUUUGUUCGCGAAAUGAUUUAGAAGACGCGCCUCAACCUCAUCAAUCAUUCACAAGAUAGGUUUCAAAGUCAAAGAAACAACGUUAUAACGUAAACAAGAAGGAGGUUAAGUCUUACUCAACAUCAACAUCAUUACUCAUCAUUUUCAUCAGAAAGUAUACAUUCAUAAUGGCGUCCAUGCGGCACUUCCAUGAUUUACAUUUGCAGUUUGACGUCAGCAUCGAAAUGAACAGGUGGGAGUUCAUAUCAGAGAUUCCAUUGAUUUAGUUUUAUGCGUAACAGGCUGAUCAUCCAGUACACACUAGAACGAUCUAGAAACGUACACACACUGCAUAAGUUCAUGCACCACGUGCCCCAUUUUAUCAUCAUCGGUCCCCAUUUCAUCAUCCCCAUUACCUUUCCCUAGUAGUCGCCCCCCUGCUUCAAAAUGUUUCCGAUGACAAAUGCAUACUGAGCUUGAUUUUUCAGGUAAUAAAUUUAUCGUAGACGAACUCAAUUUACUUGUUCAUAGGCUAACAAUCAGUAUAUUUCAGCGUUUUAAGAAAUCUCCAAAUCCAAAUCCAAAAGAACAGAAUGAACUAGUCAAUCACGACGUAUUUUGAUCUCCACUAGCACGCAUAGGAAUGAACAGUCGAAGAAGAAGAAGAAGAAGAAGAACAAAAUCGUGAAUAUUCCACCGAUUCGAUCCUCAUCCUUUUAGAUAGCAGAUUAGUUUCCAAGUUUCCAACUAUUCCACCCAUAGCAGAACAUGCAGUAGAGGUUUACGAAGUUGUUAGUACUAGUUGAUGUUUCAGUUUCUUUCCUAUCCACCGUGCAUCGAUGUGAAAAGCUUCCGACUUUUACAACGGAUCAUGUGCCUGGGUAUUAUGAGGCCACGUUGUGCUGGCAUUGCGCCGCAUUUCAACCAGCCUUUGGUCGCCAAUUUGCAAGGAUUUGUGAGAGUGUCACGUUGAUGUGAAGUCGAAAGUUAUAUGCGGCAAAGAGCGCCCGGCCCAGCAGGUUUUAAGCCAAAGAAUGCAC